GAGGAGGUAAAUAUGGACUCGGACCGGAGGAGAGACGGCCGGAGCUGGGACUGGGACAGUCCGCAGUGCCGAGCCCAGCUGGACGAGAUCUUUUUCCGUGAGCAGGACUACAUCCAGGCCGGCAGCCCGGAGCACAAGGAGUUCUGGGCUUUCUUCGACCGCUUCCAGAGGUUCAAAACCAAGAGGGACAUGGCUGGUCCUGGAGCCAGCCGAGGAGAGGACAGAGAAGACCGAGGCAGGUCCGGUUCUGCAAAGGUGGAUCUUGGCCUCCCUAAAGACUACGAUGCUCGCUACCGGAUCAACGUGUCCGUGUGCAGCAGAGACAUCGAGGAUCGUUUGGGGAAGUCAGAGCACCGGAGCCGGCAGAGAUCCUCCGGACCGGGGUCCCAGCAGGUCUCAGACUGCCGCCUGGCUCUGCUGCACUUCCUGGACUUCAGCCAGAGACAGAGUUUCGGUAAACUGGCCAAGCUGCGCCGGGAGCAGAAGAACCUGCCCAUCUUCCAGUACCACGACCGGAUCGCGGAGCUGGUGAGGCGGCACCCGGUGGUGGUCGUGGCUGGAGACACGGGCUGUGGGAAAUCCACCCAGGUUCCUCAGUAUCUUCUGUCAGCUGGGUUCAACCAGAUCGCCUGCACUCAGCCUCGGAGGAUCGCCUGUAUAUCACUUGCAAAGAGAGUCAGCUUUGAGAGUCUGAAUCAGUACGGCUCAAAGGUGGGGUACCAGAUCCGCUUUGAGACCACUCGGACUACAGCCACCAAACUGCUGUUCUUGACCGAGGGGUUGCUGCUCAGACAGAUCCAGCAGGACAGGACGCUGGCUCAGUACCAGGUGGUGAUUGUGGACGAGGUUCACGAGAGACACCUCCACUGUGACUUCCUCCUGGGCGUCCUGCGCUCGCUGCUGGCCGACCGCCCGGACCUGCGUCUCAUCCUCAUGUCAGCCACCAUCAACAUCAAACUCUUCUCCGACUAUUUCAGCAGCGCUCCUGUGCUGCAGGUUCCAGGCAGAUUGUUUCCUAUUCAGGUGAUUUACCAGCCGAUUCCACCUGAGGAGCAGUCCUCCCGUUCAGAGAAACUGGAUCCCAGGCCGUACCUGCGCAUCCUGCAGGGCAUCGACCAGCGUUACCCCCCAGAGGAACGUGGCGACCUGCUCCUCUUCCUCAGCGGUGUGGCCGAAAUCUCUACUAUUCAGGAGGCCUGUCAGAUCUACGCCACCCACACACGUCGCUGGAUAGUUUUACCGCUGCACAGCACCCUCUCGCUUGUCCAGCAGGAUAAGGUGUUUGACAUUGCUCCUCCUGGGGUGAGAAAGUGCAUCAUCUCUACCAAUAUUGCUGAGACUUCAGUUACAAUAGAUGGAGUGCGCUUUGUUGUUGACUCAGGAAAGGUGAAGGAAAUGAGUUUUGAUCCGAAGGCCAAGAUGCAACGUCUGCAGGAGUUCUGGAUCAGCCGAGCCAGCUCCGAGCAGAGGAAAGGUCGAGCCGGUCGCACAGGUCCAGGAGUGUGUUACCGCCUCUACGCCGAGUCAGACUACGACGCCUUCGCACCUUAUCCUGUCCCUGAAAUCCACAGAGUGGCUCUGGACUCCCUCAUUCUCCAGAUGAAGAGCAUGGGUCUUGGAGAUCCGCUGUCUUUUGUCUUUAUUGAUCCUCCUCCGACUGCUAGUAUCCAGACUGCUGUUGUAUAUCUAAAAGACCAGGGGGCGCUAGACAGUCGUGGUGAUCUGACCUCUAUUGGUAGUUUGUUGGCACAGCUGCCUGUCGAUGUGGUCAUAGGGAAGAUGCUGGUUCUGGGCUCUUUGUUCAACCUGGUGGAGCCGGUGUUGACAGUAGCAGCAGCCCUCAGCGUUCAGUCGCCUUUCCUUCGCAGCUCACAACAAAACCCAGACUGUGCCACGGCCCGCCAGCCCCUGCACAGCAACCAGGGAGACCCCUUCACCCUGCUCAACACCUUCAACGCCUGGGUGGAGGUGAAGGGAGAAAGAGGCGGGGGUUCCAGGAAGUGGUGCAGGAGGAGAGGCCUGGAGGAGCAGCGACUCUAUGAGAUGGUCAACCUACGCAGACAGUUCAAGGAUUUGCUGAAGAGCCACGGCCUGCUGGAGUCAGAGGACGGCGCUCCCUCUGGUGGAGACCGAGGGCAGCGCAGGGAGAGGCUGACCGAGAGGAGAAAGCUGCAUCAGCUGAAGAGAGAUCACGAGCAGCAGGAGGGGAGCAAACGUAAAGUCCUGAGGCUGGACGAGGGCCAGGACGGAGAGUUCUCCUCAGGAUCAGACACCGAGGAAACUGGCAGAGGAAAGAAGGACAAGAAGGAAUCGGGACAGAACAUGGACAUACAGGAGGUGAAGUUCAAGUUGCGUCACAACGUGUCGCAGCUGCAGGAGGCGGUCAGCGUCAGUCAGGACUUGUCGUCCCGCCAGCAGGCUUUGCUUAAGCUGCUGCUUUGCCGAGGCCUCUACCCUCAGCUGGCACUGCCCGAUGAACACAACUCCACCCGCAAAGACUCAGAGCAGGUUUUUCACACAAAGAAUAAGCAGGGAGUGGUAAUCCACCCGACCAGUGUGUUCGCCAGUGACCCAGAGGUUUUACAUGUUCCUGAGGGUGACAAUGGAGAAAUGGGGUCUGAUAGGAAGGACAGCAGCAAACACCAGCUGUUGGCCUUCGUCACUCUGCUGGAGACCAACAAGCCGUAUUUGUCCAACUGUGUGCGAGUUCCUGCGCUGCAGGCUCUGCUGCUGGUGGCGAACUCCGUGGACACCAACGCUGACUGCACACGGCUGGUGGUGGACGGCUGGCUGGAGGUGGAGCUGAGGGAGGCGGAGGAGGCGCUGAAGGUUCUGUCCACGGCUCUGAGCCUCAGGGCCGAGUGGGAGCGCCUCCUGCUGGCCCAGCUGGGGCAGAGCUCAGCCCAGGGGGUGUCCCGCAGGGUCAUGGAGAAGCUGAGCGAAGGCCUGGUCCGCUUCCUGCUCUACACUGAGGUCACCUACAGUCUGCGGCGACUUGCAGCUUUCCAGGCCCAGAACCUCUACGUCGGUCCUCAGUCUGAGUCGUCUCACACUGAAGCUCCAGAUCUGAGCCUCCUAUUUCCAGGAGCAGAGGCCAAACCGGACCCCAUCAAAGGAGGCCUGCAUGUCACCAGCUUCUUCACCUACAACUGCCUGGCCGAUUCAAAGGAUCUCUACAGCGAGUGUUUACGUACUUUCUGGACGUGUCCCAACUGUGGCUUGUACAUGCCGCUGACUCCACUGGAGCGAAUGCAUCACGAAGCUUCCUGCAGGCCACCUGGGGAACAGCAGCAGGAAGAAGAGCCAGAAGAUAAAAAGUCCGGCUCCUCCUUGGCAUCCAGUCUUACCAGAGUUUAUCAUUGUGACGUCUGUAACAAAGAUCUGAACCUCACUUCCACUGAGAUCCUCAAACAUAAAAGGCAGCACAUGUAUACUGCCAAUUAACUAAGGACUGCAGUACUUGAAGAUCAUUAUUAAAGUGCUAUUGCUUCCCUCUACUGGCCAAUGGAUGGAAGUCCAAUGCCAGAAAUCCACAUUUGUAAAAUUCUACAAAAUGUACUGUUUUUUUCAAAGGCAAGAAAUAACAUAAAUCUUUGUUUACCAAAAGAACACA